GGGACGCGGCGACGGUGGCGGCGGCUCCUUGUCGCCCGAACCGGAGCGCGCAGGCCCGUCCCGGUGGUCGGGGGGCGGGGGCGCCAUGUGGUUCAUGUACGUGCUGAGCUGGCUGUCGCUCUUCAUCCAGGUGGCCUUCAUCACGCUGGCCGUCGCCGCCGGACUUUAUUACCUGGCCGAAUUGAUAGAAGAAUACACAGUUGCAACCAGCAGGAUCAUAAAAUACAUGAUCUGGUUCUCCACAGCUGUGCUGAUUGGCCUCUACGUUUUUGAGCGCUUCCCCACCUACAUGAUUGGCGUGGGCCUCUUCACCAACCUUGUCUACUUUGGCCUCCUCCAGACCUUCCCCUUCAUCAUGCUGACCUCGCCUAACUUCAUCCUGUCGUGCGGGCUAGUGGUGGUGAAUCAUUACCUAGCGUUUCAGUUUUUUGCAGAGGAAUAUUAUCCUUUUUCAGAGGUCCUGGCCUAUUUCACUUUCUGUCUGUGGAUAAUCCCGUUUGCAUUCUUCGUGUCGCUCUCAGCUGGGGAGAACGUCCUGCCCUCCACCAUGCAGCCAGGAGAUGACGUGGUCUCCAAUUACUUCACCAAAGGCAAGCGGGGCAAACGCUUAGGGAUCCUGGUUGUCUUCUCAUUCAUCAAAGAGGCCAUUCUACCCAGUCGGCAGAAGAUAUACUGACCCCCUGGGGAGGGGAUGCUGGCGCAGGAGCCGGAGAGUCAGGCCCCUGGGCCUCUGCACUGGGUGGGGGUCGGGAGUUGGAAGGCACCUUCCCCCAGCCCUGGCCCUCCUUCCCUCCACUCCCCUGGAAGCCCUCAUCCCCACCCUCCUCAGGAGGCUCAGCUCAGGUCAAAUCUGAUACUGCUGGAGGCUGAGACCUCAGAGGCUGCCAGGGAGGAGUCAGGGCCUGCUUAGCCAGGAGGCCGCCACCCACCUGGGUGCACAGAAGCCAAGCCCCUGUGGCCCUCCUGCUCCCUCCUGUGAUCGGUCAGGAGUUCUGGCUCAGCCCGGGCAGGUAGUGCCAGGGCCAUGAAGCUGAAGGGCAGACAGUGAUAACUGCCAGUGGGCAGAUGGCCGUGGGAGGGGCUGUGACUUAGCACUCACAAGAGAAAGUUUUUGCUGUUGAACUGUGAUUUCUGUCCAAGUGCUGAUUCCCAUUUGAAUAAAGAUUCUAGGUGGCACUGUUUGCCUUAA